UCUUUAUUUGGUCCAUGUCAAAAACACUUUUAAAAAAAAAAAUCAGAGCCGAAAAGAAAAACAGAGUAAAUUAAAAAACAGAGUAAAUUAAAAAAACAAGAAAGCUUAACAUCGAAGCUAUAAUGGAAGUUGAGAAGAAGCAAAGCUCAAACUGGGUCCGUGGGAAGUUGAUUGGAAGAGGUUCGUACGGUUCAGUUUGCAUCGGAAUUAGAGAAUCAGACGGCGGUCGUUUCGCGGUGAAGUCUGCGGACAAGAAUUCCCCUUCUUCAAUGGAAGCACUACAGAACGAGAUUGAAAUCCUCCGCUUUCUCUCUUCAUCAUCACCGUUCAUCGUGGAGUGUUACGGCGAUGACGAAACGGGGAAUCUUCACUUGGAGUAUCUCCCCGGUAGCGACGUGGCGAAAUCCGGCGGAAUUGGCGUCGGCAUCGACGACGUGGAGUUAAUCCGAUCGUACGCGUGGUGUUUGGUGAUGGCGUUGAAGGAGGUUCAUUCAAAAGGGGUUGUCCACUGUGAUGUGAAGGGGGGUAAUGUUUUAGUGGGGUCCACUAAGGGAGUCGUUAAACUAUCUGAUUUUGGUUCGGCGAAGAAACUUGAUGAUCAUCAUGAUCAAAAGAUUGUGCCACGUGGGAGUCCACUUUGGAUGGCCCCUGAGGUUGUCCGAGGUGAAUCACAGGGUUGCGAGUCGGAUAUUUGGUCUCUUGGUUGCACGGUGCUCGAGAUGUUCACCGGAGUGCCAGCGUGGAAGGAUUGCGGGGUGGCCCACACUCUGUUUCAAAUUGGGUACUCUGAUGACCUGCCUGAGUACCCUCCUCACCUACCCGAACUCGCUAAAGACUUCUUAAAUAAGUGCUUGAUUCGCAACCCCGAACAACGAUGGAGCUGCGAUCAGCUGUUGCAACACCCAUUCUUACUCCCUGUACCCGCCUCUAUGAUUGCUGAAUCUUCUCCAAGAAGCAUCUUUGAUUGGCAGAAUCUUGAUUUCUCAGAUGACGAGGAAGAAUCAUCACCAUCACCAUCCCCAUCAUCAUCAUCAUCGUGCUAUGAUGUAGUCGAUGAAAUUUCAGUUAGGGACAGAAUUGGUGAAUUGGCAACAAUGUCAGGGGCAAAUUGGGAAAGUGACGGUUGGGUGGAGGUAAGAAACUUGAGGAAGGAGAAAGAAGAGGUUUCGGAGGGGACAAGUUGGGAAUAUUCCGAUUCGGAGGAGGAGAAUGUAUUAAGUGGAGGGGUAAAUUGGGAAACUCACGAUGAUGAUUAUCCCACGUGGUUUAAUUUAAGUUGUGAUAAUGAUAAUGGAGAAGAUGAUGAGGAGAGCAGUAUUAGCGGUGUAGACGGCGGUGAUCGGUGCGGUCACGGUGAUUCAUAUGGUGGGGAUAGGAGAGAGAAAUUAGUAUCAUUAGUUUUAUCUUCAUUGAUUUUAUUAGUUCUAUUGUAUUCUUCUUCCUCCAGAAAUAAAAAUAGUGACAGUAAAUAUGAAUACUUCAUUGGAUCGUAUUAUUAUUUCAUCUAUAUUUCACGUUUCUUAAUUUCAAUAAAUAACUCGAUUUACAAUAAUGUCUCUCCAUAUCUUAAAAAAAAAAAUUGUGAAAUUAGUCGGGAUAUUGGAGCAAGUAGCAGUAGACUACCAGUAUUAUUAAUUCUGAAGGAUCGAACGAGUUUACUAAUCAAAAGUCAAUACCUGUUUUUUUUUUUUUUUUUGAUAAUCAGUCAAUACCAAGUCAAAGUCUACCACAUUGGUGUGCUACCUAUUUUAGAUAAGUAUUCCUAAGUUUCUAUUAGAUCAAUAGGUGAUA